GUUGGCUUUGUUCAUCCGGUUUAGAGGUCUGUUGUUUUUGUCAACAAAAGUGUGAAAUGCACAUGAACUAGGGAUUAACUUGCCUGUUCAUGGAAAUUUUACAAAUCCAUAAAUAACGUGACACAUUUUGACCAAAGAUGAGUUCUGAAGCUACUCCGGUUGAAGCGAAUAUGGACUCUAAAGAUGAUCUCUUGGGAGCCGGAGAUGAAAACAAAAAACGGGGAACCUCACCGGAGGACAGCGAUAGUCAGGACCCUGGGAGGCGAAGUCAGAGGAAGAAAAGAAAGGUUGAGUACAAGGAGAUGGCAGACCAGCUGAAACAUCUGUCGGAUGAGGAGGAGGCAUCAGAUGAUGAAAGUAGAAAACCACCUGUUAAAGAAACACCAGCUAACACUAACAAGGUUGAUGCCAUAAAGAAAGAGUUGCCACCUACAGAAGAAUCAGAGCCAGAUGACCCAGCUGGUAAAGUUCUACAUGUGACAGGGUUAGAGGGCGCUGCAUUCCAAAGUCGCUUACCACAUGAUAAGAUGACAGCCCAAGAGGCUGCUUGUUUCCCAGAUAUAGCACAGGCCUCUCCACAGACUCAGAAGGUCUUUCUCUAUCUAAGGAAUAGACUAUUACAACUUUGGCUUGAGAAUCCAACCCAACAGGUGACACUAGAGAAUGCAUUACCUCAGAUUGAAGCCCCAUAUAAUAGUGAUGGCCCAUUAAUUACGCGCAUGUUCUCUUAUCUUGAGAGAUAUGGGUUCAUCAACUUUGGAGUAUUCAAACGCCUCAAACCUCUACCAGCUAACCCACAAGGCAAAGUAAUUAUUAUUGGAGCUGGUAUAUCUGGUUUGGGAGCAGCUAGGCAACUCCAGCAGUUUGGCAUGGAUGUCACGGUACUCGAGGCCCGGGAUCGUGUCGGGGGACGUGUGGCCACAUUUAGGAAAGGAAAUUAUAUUGCAGAUCUUGGGGCUAUGGUUGUCACAGGGCUAGGAGGUAAUCCUAUCACAGUCCUGAGUAAGCAAGUCAACAUGGAGCUACAUAAGAUCAAACAGAAGUGCCCUCUAUAUGAGACAAAUGGAGGAACAGUGCCUAAAGACAAAGAUGAGAUGGUAGAAAGAGAGUUCAAUAGAUUACUGGAAUCCACAUCAUAUAUGUCUCACCAGAUGGACUUUAACCACAUUAACAGCAAACCAUUGACAUUGGGCCAGGCUCUAGAACUUGUCAUCAAACUCCAAGAAAAGCACGUUAAAGAAAAGCAGUGUGAACACCAGAGAAAUAUUCUAACCUUACAAGAAAAGCUCAGAAAAAACAUAACUCAGAUGAUUCAAGUCAAAGAUAAAAUAGCAGAUUUGAACAAACAAUGGAAGGAAGCAUCAGAGGUUAAGCCCCCUAGAGACAUCACUGCAGAGUUCCUGGUGAAGAGUAAACUCAGGGAUCUCACAGCUGCAUGUAAGGAGUUUGAUGAACUCACAAGCCAGCAGAGAGAGAUAGAGGACAAGCUGCAUGAGAUGGAGUCUAGUCCCCCAAGUGAUGUUUACCUGUCCUCUAGAGAUCGCCAGAUUCUGGACUGGCACUUUGCCAACCUGGAGUUUGCUAAUGCUACCCCGUUAGCUGCCCUCUCACUCAAGCACUGGGACCAAGAUGAUGAUUUCGAAUUCACUGGCAGUCAUUUAACAGUAAGAAAUGGCUACUCCUGUGUACCAGUGGCUCUGUCUGAUGGACUGGAUAUUAAACUGAAUACAGCAGUUAGACAAGUCAGACACACUUCUACAGGUGUUGAGAUAGUCACCACAAAUUCUAAAAGCAAUGCCAACGCAAUCACAUAUAAGGCUGAUGCUGUUCUGUGCACCCUCCCUCUGGGUGUGUUAAAAGAGACUCUGCGUCCAAACAGCGUCAACAGCGUACAGUUUUAUCCUCCUUUACCUGAAUGGAAAACCUCAGCCUUGCAGAGAAUGGGAUUUGGAAAUUUAAAUAAGGUUGUCCUGUGCUUUGAUAGAAUAUUCUGGGAUCCAAAUGCUAAUUUAUUUGGGCAUGUCGGAAGUACAACAGCCAGUAGAGGGGAGCUGUUUUUAUUCUGGAAUCUUUACAAGGCUCCCGUUCUUCUUGCCCUUGUCGCAGGAGAGGCAGCGGCCAUUAUGGAAAACGUCAGUGAUGAUGUCAUCGUUGGUAGAUCUAUCGCAGUGUUGAAGGGAAUUUUUGGGAAUAACGCAGUCCCACAGCCCAAAGAAACUGUUGUCACCAGAUGGCGAGCUGAUCCUUGGUCUAGGGGGUCUUACUCAUUUGUAGCAGCAGGAUCUGCAGGUAACGAUUAUGAUAUCAUGGCAACGCCAAUCUCUGCAAAUCCAGCAUUACCAGGGCAACCUCAAACAGCUAUUAAUAUGCCACGAUUAUUUUUUGCUGAGAGGCUGGGAGGAUAGCAGACCAAUUUCUAGGGGCUCCUUAUGCCCUACCUCCAAGAACUAAUGCUACACCUGCCACCUGAUUGGUUGCCACCUGAACAUAUUAUGGGAUGUAAUUCUACACAUGCAACCUUAUUGGAUAAACA